AUGACCUCUACCCUCACCAUCCAACCUACCCGCAUCCCCAUCACCGUCAUCCACUCUCCAGACAUGCCUUCCGCUUCUAAAGUUUCCGAACGCCCAUACACAUGGCCCGAGGUCAAGGAUAUUAUCAGAUACAACGACCUUGAUGCUUUUGCACGCCUGGGGGCCCAGACCGAGAGCUACUUGGCUUUCAAGAGAUUGUUGAAGCAGCAGAAUCUGACUGUGUUUAGGCACAUUGUCACCCAGACUUUGGGCUGGAGACGCUUGGAGGAGUUGGACGGUGUCAAGGACGACAAGAUCACUGUGGAAGCUUCCGGCGAUCCCAUCUUCACCAACCCGGAUGACCUCAAGAUCGUCAGAAACGACUUUCCUUACUACUUCGAAGACGACGUCACACAUCUCUGUGUGUGGACCAAGAGAAGAAUCGAGAGUGACCCAAACUCUUCCAUCGGUGACCUCUCGAAGGAGACUAGAAACAUUAUAGAGCGCUACGUGGACCAGACGUUCGUCAAGGGUCUCGGGAUCCCCCGGGAGAACUUGGUUUGGUUCCGUAACUGGGAAGCCCUCCAGAGCGUUAAGGAGAUCAGCCACGUCCACGUGGUGGUCAAGGGCAUGACUAGAGAGCAGGUUGCUCAGAUUUUGGGCACUCCUGGCAUUCCUUUGAAAGCAUAG